GCCAUGGCGGGCGGGGCGGCGUCUCCUCAGGCCGGCGGGGCUGAGUCCCGGUCCCGGCCCCGUCCUUAGCGCCGGGCCAGGUGGCGGCAUGGACGCCCGCUCGCCCUCCUAACGGCGCCCGAAAACCCAGGCGGGGUCGGACUCCGGCGGGAGCAGGAGGGAGGGGGCAAGAUGGACGACUUCACCUCCAUCAGCCUCCUGUCCCUGGCCAUGCUGGUGGGCUGUUACGUGGCCGGCAGCAUCCCCCUGGCCGUCAAUUUCUCAGAGGAGAGACUGAAGCUGGUGACCGUCCUGGGCGCCGGGCUCCUGUGUGGGACCGCACUGGCCGUCAUCGUUCCCGAAGGAGUGCACGCCCUCUACGAAGAUAUUCUGGAGGGGAAGCACCACCAGGCCGGGGAAGGGCAGAAGGCGCUGGCGUCGGACCGAGCGGCGGAGAUGUCGGUGGUGCAGGAGGCGGAGCCCGGGCCCAGCCACCAGCACGGCCCCGAGGACGGCCACGAGCACGCGCAGCUGCACGCCUACAUCGGCGUCUCCCUCGUCCUGGGCUUCGUCUUCAUGCUGCUCGUCGACCAGAUCGGGAGCUCCCACGUGCACGCCGCCGACGAUCCAGAAGCUGCAAGACCCGGCAACUCCAAAAUCACCACCACCCUGGGCCUCGUCGUCCACGCCGCGGCUGAUGGAGUGGCUUUGGGAGCGGCGGCUUCUACUUCGCAGACCAGCGUCCAGCUGAUCGUGUUCGUGGCAAUCAUGCUACAUAAAGCGCCGGCGGCCUUUGGGUUGGUCUCCUUCCUGAUGCACGCCGGACUUGAGCGGAACCGAAUCAGGAAACACCUGCUGGUCUUUGCCCUGGCCGCCCCUGUCCUGUCCAUGGUGACGUACCUCGGGCUGAGCAAGAGCAGCAAAGAAGCCCUCUCGGAAGUCAACGCCACGGGGGUGGCCAUGCUCUUCUCGGCCGGGACGUUCCUCUACGUGGCCACGGUGCACGUCCUGCCGGAGGUGGGAGGCACGGGGCACAGCCACAAACCCGACGCCGCCGGGGGGAAAGGACUCAGCCGCCUGGAGGUGGCGGCCCUGGUCCUGGGCUGCCUCAUCCCCCUCGUCCUGUCCAUCGGGCACCAGCAUUAACCGUCCGGGAAUCGCCGUCUCUCCCCCCCAGACAACCCCGCCCGGGCUAGGGUGGGCGGCGACCUUCGGCUCCACGGCGUCUCCCCGUUUCCGGCGGAAUUUUCCGGAGUCGCGAGGGACUUGAACCGCCCAGAAUCCCGGAAGCGCUCGUAGACUAGAAACCUGGCGGUUGCGGUCGGAUCAAUCCGUCCUCGAUGGCUGGGGCCGGGAGGGGGCUUUUUAGGAACCGUGGGGAUAUGGGUACGACUCUUUCCCUAUUCUCAGGGAAGGUGGGGUGUGGGUUCCUAGGAUGAGAAGCGCGUCGGAACUUGGUUACUCCCGGGACGUGGACAGUCCAGCGUUCUGCCAUUUCUCCUCCGGCCCUCCGGUGAACGGCACACGCCUCCUCUCUGUGUCCGGAAACUUCCUUCUCCAAAGGGUGAGGGGAAUCUCCCGCGUCACCCGCCCCUCUGUUUUGAACACGGUCUCUGCCCUCUGAUGGGGACCGGGCCCCUCCGCCCUUCCGCGUGGGUUCGGAAGACCGUGGCAGGCCUCGGGCGCCGAUUUUUUUUUUAACCGUUUGGGCUUUCUGGAGGAGAGGGUCAGGAGAUGCAGAUGGGACCGUGGAGAGAGCAAGAUCCCGGGAUGUUUCCCUUCUCCACGGCUCUCCGGAAAAAUCUCCGUUAACAGCCAUCUCGGAGCCGGUUCCGGCUCGGGCCGGCCCUCAGCGGCCCCGAUUCAACGCAGAGCGUCUUUUGGAAGGUGGGGCCGGGGGCCGGGAUGGAGCUUUUGAAAGGUACCACUGGAUGCUUAGGAAAGACAUCUCUGUAGCCCUCCGGAAACACUACUGAGUUCUGUGUCGUCUUUAAAGACGGAAGUAUCGAUGUUAGCAAAGCGGCAGUUCCAGCGGCAAACCCUCCCUCGUUACAUCCCGGGGCGUGCCUGAAGAUGAGGAGGUGCGUUGAUAAGGGAAGUCUGAAUGCUAGCCUUAAAAAAAAAAAGUCAUUUUCCGGCAGUUGAAAAGACGUCGUUUUGGCCGUUACCCUCUCUUUCCUACUCUUCCUCUAGGGCACUCGUGCCCCCCUCUCCCUGACCCUCUCUGAUCCUCCACCCUCACAACGUGCUGAUGAAAUUCUCGGUCCCUCCCCACCAACCCUUGCAUUGCCAUUCGUCAUUCCUCCUUUCCCCUUGCAAGAAAGCCUGUUUUUUUUUUUCCCCCUUCCAAAUUACCGAACAGAUCUCACUUGGCUGUGCUGGGGUGGUGACGAUAAUUAAUACCGUCUUGCGGGAGGAGCAGGAAUCAGUACCGGGACAAAAGCGACAGGCCAACAGGGUGCGUCUUUCCCCUGAGAUUUUCAUCUUAAGCCGUCCCCGUUGUCGUAGAAUCACUAACGGGCUAAGUAUACUAUCACGGGUUCAGUUUCAAUUUUAUUUUGUUAUGCCGCCUCGAGGACACGAUGUCAGAUAAAGGGGCCCGAGAUUGUUUUUUCGGGUGGAUGUUUUUCAUCCCUCCCUUGCCGUCCGGCCCUUCAUGUUAUUUGGACCUCCACCCCUCUGCCUGCGCACCCAGCUCGGUCUUCCCCGAGACAGAAAAAGGAUUCGCCACCCCUCUGCCCGUGACAGGCCAAAGAAGCCCAGCGGCGGAAGGCUUUACCGGCGGCUUCCCGCUCCGGCGACGGCCGAUCGUAUUUCAUAUCAAAUAGAAAAAUCUUCCGGCGAUCCUAGAUAUUAUCGUAACCAUAAAGGCCCACGGGGGUUCUCGUCCUCGUCGUUAACUUUGGCUCCUUUGAGACGUUUUCCAAGUUGGCAUUUUUGCCAUCAGAGAGCAGGGUUCGGGCGUUUGGUUUGGAUGUGGGUUCUCCCUGCCCGGCGGGGCCGGAAAACCAUUCCUCCGCAAUUAGCCAAAGUCCCUUCGUUGUGCCUUGUCAACGUGGGUGUGAGUUGAUCCGUGCCUCCCUCCGCGGGGCUUGGACCCUUGUCCAGGAUGAGACCCCCCCCCACACGCAGCCUUAGCCCCGGAAACCACCGUCCUCCAUCCCGGUAUCUUGGGCAAGAAACGGCUGUUGGAAGCAUUUAAGGCUCAGGCGCCUCUGGAUUGUCAGGAAGUGAGUCUAGGCCCAAACUAGAGGGAAGAGGACACCGACUGUCGGUUAAGCGUAACGGUACUUUCAUUGGCUCUGCCUGUCUUAACGCCACACCGCAGAGCAAACGGUUGCCACCCCCGAGCUGCCGGCCCAUUUAGGCAUGAGAUUUGGGGCUACGGACGCGGGGCUUAAUUUAAUUCAAUGGAAAGCAUUAUUCUCCUCCCAACGAACAGUCUCACAAAGAAUGCAGCUUCUAGUCCUUAAAGAGGCACCCUCCUCAGAUUCUGGUUUGAAAAUACCACCGAACCAUCCUCUCCCCUCCCUGCGGGGGCCUCCCUUUCAAGUGUUCAGAGGCAUAGAAGGUUCAGAUGUAAUUUAGUUCAUCCCCUGCCUCUCUGUGGCCAAAGGUUCUGCGCGGUAGGAAUAGAGUCAGAAAUGGCCCCAUCUGCAAAGGUUGUUAUUGGUUCUCUUCCCCCUCUCCCCCUCCUCUUCCACCAAAACUCCUUCCUCAACCCCAAACCUCUCAGCACCCAAACCCGCUCAAGUCAUCGGCCAACAGUUCCUGGGUUCUCGGUCCCUCAGCGGAACAUCAAGGAGACUCCUUGAAGGAUCAGCGUAUUUUUUUCUUCCCCCCCGCGCUUCAUCCGCCUGCUUUUUCUUCACCCGACGAGGAAUAACCGAGCGUCCCACCGGCAUCAGAAUCUGUCAAGCAGCCCGAAGUGUGUUUGCCGCCACGUGUCGAGCACAGGAACCCGACUUGGCCCCGCAGACCCCAACAGAGCCCUUUCCUUCCGAGUGUCUCCAAGCCCAGCGGUCUCCUGAGACAGUCGGAAAAUGCCUGCCUUUGUCUGGGACAGCUACCCCGGGGGGGAAUUCUCCGGGAUUGCCUUCCCGGAACCUUCUCUGGGAGAUGGGAAAUUUGGACUCGGUCAGGUGUGUGCUGCUAUUUCCCGGAAGGCCCGUAGAAGCCAAUCAUCGACGUUUCCCCUUUUGUUCCUGGGGCUUUUCCGUCCACCUUAGGAGUCCCGGAAGAAGAGUAUAAAUCAUGGAAAGGAAAAUCCCCCACCCUCUGGGAAUUCUCCGUGCCCAGCCUGACACGGGCGGGGAGCUUUGCCACAGGGAGAUCGGCUCCGGGAGAGGCUUUAGGGCUGCCUCGUCCACAAAGCCGUCCCUCGGAGAAGGCGUCGCCACACCCCCGAAUCCCAGCGGAUCGAACGAUGAUUUUAAAGUCUCUCUUAUUUUUUUCCUGGAUUGUUUGUACACAUGAAAUCAUUCCACAGAUGGCUGCCUGCCUUAUCGUUUCGUUCCUUUACCCUUUGUGAAUUGAUUUAAACAGAAAAACCAUUGCCACUUUCUGAUUCGUUUUAUCGUAUUAAAUUUUUAUUGGGCUCAGCA